AUGAACAGACAGCAUUGUGAUGUCGUUCUCGACCUUCAGUUGCGUCCCAUUCUUUCAUCAGGUGACUCCUUUGGGAAAUCGGUUGACGAUCAUAUGAGGUCAACUUUGACUUUUGGUGAUAAGCAUUCUGUAUAUGCAGGUCAAAACACUGACUAUGGCCACCCAAUGGCUUGCAUUUCAUACCCGUUCAACGAUUCUGGUUCUGGAGUUUGGGCGGCCUAUGGGUCACGGGCUAUGUUGUACAUGGAACAGUUCCAGCCCCUCAUGGCGGGCGGAGGGGCAUCUGCAACGGCAAGAGUUCCAUUGCCCGUCGAACUAGCAGCGGAUGAGCCCAUAUUUGUCAAUCCCAAACAAUAUAAUGGGAUUCUCCGGCGAAGGCAGCUGCGCGCUAAGUUAGAGGCCCAGAAUAAACUCACCAAAAACAGAAAGCCCUACCUCCACGAGUCGCGCCAUCUUCACGCGAUGAAGCGGGCAAGAGGUUCCGGGGGACGUUUCCUCAAUUCCAAACAGCUGAAGCAGCAGCAGCAGUCUGGCAGUGCCUGCACCAAGGCCAUUGCAGAUGGCGCGAAUUCCCUGGGUUCGACCCAUCUACGGCUAGGCAGCGGCGCAGCCGGAGACCGAACCAACUCGGUGUCCAAGGCGAUGUCCUCCCAAGAGAACAGCAAGAGAGUCGCCGCCCCGGCUCCCGCCUUCACCAUGAUUCAAGCGGCGCGCAAAGACGACGACUUCUUCCACCAUCACGCCCACCAUCUCAGCUUCUCCGGUCAUUUUGGCCAGUCAAGCGACCGGUAUACGUAA